CAUCGAGGCCACGCACAACACUGCAAGGUCCUGCUUUGAACAAAAAGAUACAUGACCUCUGCCACUUUCUCUGGUCUUCCCCCAGAAAUCCGCUAUGAUAUCUGGCAGCUCUCGUUCGAGCCUCGCCUGCUGUGUCUUCACAUGCACCGACUGAUUACACCGGAACCAUCUGACCACUCUCCCAGUGGGCUUAGUAAAGACUCUCGGAAGGUGAUCGCAGUUUCAUUCACUUGCACUGCUCUGGACUCCAGAAGUGAAAGAACACCGAAUGAUGUUUUCGUUGAGUACUCGAAUAUAAGUCCUCCAGUGUCCGUCGACUUUCUCCGAAACAUGCAAGUCGGGCCGCCUGGUCCAACAGCACUUGGCCCUGUGCAGCUAUAUGUUUGUCGCGAGAGUCGUGCUCUAGCAAUGAGGAGAUACGAACUUGCAUUCGGAGGUACCGAACAAGACAAUGAGAAUCUUAAUCCGAGACAGUAUGCUGCAUUGGAAGAAUGGCACCGGAAGAAGCUGUGGGAAAAGAAAAUAUGGGUUGACUUCAACAGCGACGUGGUUCUUGUGGAAGUCAUUCCGCGACGACUUGAGUUUCCAGCCCCUCCAUUGAGACUUCCACAACCUCAACCUGGUUGGAGGGCGCUUCGGUGUUUGAAUGUUUAUGCUCCGGAUGAAGCCAAGAAGAUCAAGAGACUUGCCAUUGGGGGAAAGUGGCCUCUCGAAAGCGAUCUAUGGAGAGAAUUAGGACUAAUAAUAUGCUUGAACACUUUGUUAACCUCUCAUACAAUGAGCAUCGAGUUCUUCACGAAUAUGGAAAAACUGCUCGUGGACGAUAGCUUUCAGAACCCAGAAGAUGUUCAAGAGCAGGUCCAGACUGAAGAACAGGACAAGCUGGAAGACCCCAAGAUGGUUGAAGAGGGAGUCCAGAAGUGGAUCCGGGACUUGGUAGAUUGUCAGCAGAGGAGGCUGAGGACAGACUUGGGACCAGAAAGGGUGAUAACUCGUCCAGACAAGCCAGUAUGGAAGGAGUUACCAGUGGUCAAAGUGGUUCAUGGGAAUGGUUGGAAGAGGCUCUUGCAGAAUAGUAACCCAGAACAGCUGCAAUGAUGAGCUUACUGAUUCUGCG